AUGCCACUCAAGAAAAUAAAUUAUUCUAAAGAAGAUGCUAUAAAUUUAUAUUUAGAAAAUUAUAGGCAUAAAAUCUUAAAUGAAUUGAAAAUACAAGAAGUACAAAAAAGAAUAAAAAAUAAGAUUAAUAACGUAAAAGAAAAAAACAAUAUAGAUUUAAUAUUUUAUAAGAAACAUCUUGUAGGAUUUAAUAUAAAUAAAAUGAGUGAUUUACUAAGUACUGAAUGUACUAAUAUUAUUGAAAAAUCUAGUAAUAAAAAUAUUGAAAAAAGUGUUACAAGUAAAUGUGAUACUAAUAAACAUGUACAGUGUAAUUUGGAUAUUAAUAAAAAAUCUAAACUUAAUAAAUAUCUUGAUUUAGAAGCAGAAUGUAGUUCUAAUGAAUCAGAAAAUUCUGAUGAGGAUGCUAAAAGUGAUAUAUCAAUUAUAGACAAUCAAGAAAUAUAUAUAGAAGAAAAUAAACUAUUUUAUGAACAGAAAGAAAAAGAAGAUAAUAAAAUUCUUAAAAAACUAAAGCUUAAAUACGGUAAAAAGAAAAAGUUAAAUUUAGAAAACAUUACUAUUUCAAUAGAUGAUUCUGAAGAAAAAGAAGAAAAAUUUAGCGAAAUAGAUUUAGAUGUAGAGGGUGUAAAGUUUAUUAAAAAGGAUUAUGAAUUUGUUAAAGAAGAAAAUAAUGAAGUAUAUAAAACAGAACUAGAGUUCAGCAAUUUGGAUACAUUGACUAAAAAUAAUAGUGAAUAA